AAUCCUUCACCUUCAUGGCUUUUCCUUCUCCUUCACAACACUGAUCGAUCAGAAAGACUGAGUCAGAACUGUAAAAAACAACCAUGGACAGGCUAAUAAAAGUAGACCCGACCAACACUGUUUCGAUAAGGAUGGAGCCAGGCCAAAAAUGCCACGGCAAAAUUACCUUACGCAAUGUUAUGUACACGAUGCCGGUGGCGUUCAGACUUCAACCGUUGAUCAAAACGCGUUACACUGUGAAGCCUCAAUCUGGGAUCAUAUCCCCGUUAGCCUCAGUAACCGUAGAAAUCCUCUACCAUCUCCCACAAGGCUCCAUUCUCCCUCACUCCUUCCCUCACUCCGAGGACUCCUUCCUCCUCCACAGCGUCGUGGUUCCCGGCGCCACCAUCAAAGAACCCUCCUCCAUGUUCGAGUCCGUUCCCUCCGACUGGUUCACGGCCAAGAAGAAACAAGUCUUCAUCGACAGUGGCAUCAAGAUCAUCUUCGUCGGCUCGCUCAUUCUCGCACAGCUAGUCCACGAUGGCUCCAUUGACGAAAUCAGAGAAGCUCUCGAACACAGUGAAGCUUCAUGGAAAGCCGUUGACUCCGUUGACUCAAACGGCGACACGCUCCUUCACGUGGCGAUUUCAAAGAGCAGACCCGACCUAGUUCAAUUACUCCUCGAGUUCAACGCAGACAUCGAAGCAAAAGAUCGUUCUGGCAUGACCCCUCUGGAAAAAGCCUGCUCUUUGGGCGAAGAACUGAUCGUUGAGCUUCUGUUAGCUCACAAGGCCACCACAGAGAGAACGGAAACCUCGUCUUUGGGUGCGAUUCAUUUGGCGGCGCGAGAAGGGCACGUUGAGGUUCUGCGUCUGUUGUUACUCAAAGGCGCGAAUGUUGACUCGUUGACCAAAGACGGCGAAACCGCGCUGCACCUUGCAGUGAAGCAUGGCGAGAGAGAUUUCGUGAGGAUGUUGCUGGCGAACGACGCGCGAACCGACGUUCGCGACUCGCGAGAGGGUGACACGUGUCUGCACGUGGCGGCGGGUGUGGGGGACGAGGAGAUGGUGAAGCUGUUGCUGAAGAAAGGGGCGAACAAGGACGUGAGGAACUUCGCGAGUAGGACAGCGUACGACGUGGCGGCGAAGAAGGGGCAUGCGGGCGUGUUUGACGCGCUGGGGCUCGGGGACGGGCUGUGCUCGGCGGCGAGGAGGGGGGAGGUGAGGAGCAUCCAGCGGCUGAUCGAGGGCGGCGCGGUGGUGAACGGGAGGGACCAGCACGGGUGGACGGCGCUGCACAGGGCUUGUUUCAAGGGGAGGGUGGAGGCUGUUAGGGUUUUGUUGGAGAGAGGCAGCGACGUGGACGCGAGGGAUGAGGAGGGGUACAGUGCGCUGCACUGCGCGGUGGAGUCGGGGCAUGCUGACGUGGCGGAGGUGCUGGUGAAGAAGGGGGCGGAUGUUGAGGCGAGGACUAACAAGGGCGUGACGGCGCUGCAGAUCGCGGAGGCGUUGGGUUACGUUGGGAUUACGAGGGUGCUGGUUAGCGGCGGUGCGGAGAGCCUGGGACACGUGGCGCAGGGAGAAGAAGUUGUGGAGGUGAAGAUGAAGAAGAAGAAAAUGGGAAGAAGGAGGGAGCGAUCGAUUCGGGGGAGCUUUGAUCGGUCAAUGCCUUUGGCUGUGCUCUAGUUAUGAUUUGUGCACAAAAAUUGUAGAUUUCUUCAACAUCUUCUUUCCUUAUUAAAAUCAUUCAAUGCCAUCACCAUCACACAGGUGAAUGACACUGCUAUAGAUCUUUUUCACUAUUCUUUGUUUUUGCAUGCUCACAACUAUAUGUAAGAAUUAUAUCCCACUUCUGAGGCUCACAAAAAAUUUACAAAAUUCAUGUAUUUUCUUCAACUGAAAUGUAUAACUUCUAAAAGCAUUGCCACUGUGACAAAGUUGCGACUUUAUUGUAAAUAAAUGAAGAGUAUCUU